GUAUAGAAGUCUAUGAUGACUGCAACACUAAGUACCUGGCUGCCUAUCAUGCUGGUGCUAUAAUUUCAAAAACUGGAUGUGUGACAGAGUGCUCUGAAAAUUCAACAUUGUCAGUGUCAGAUGUUCCUGUGGUUGGAGUUAUUGGCACCAGCAUCAGUGAGACCACAACUACUGUAGCCAACAUCUUAGAGCCAGCCUUUAUCCCUGUUCUAGGUCCAUCUGCAACAAUACCUGUACUUAGUAACAAAACACAGUAUCCACAUUUUGUGAGAGUAGUCCCUUCAGAUUUCAAGCAAAUACAGGUGAUUGUGCAGCUGGCCAAACAUUUUCAGUGGUCCUACAUCAUUGGAUUAGCAACUUCAGAUAACUAUGGAAGAGAAGGCAUGACAGAGCUAAUGAGACUAGCCAAGGAGCAAAUGAUUUGUGUAUCCCUGAUAGAGGAUUUUGAUCUCUUUAAUAAGUCCAGCAUGGAGACGUUUGCACGCACCACACUAGCCGAUAAGAUAAAAAACAUUAAAGACAACAUAGGUAUCAUCUACUUUGGUCUAAAUGAUCCCCUUGUUCGUUUCCUGAAGUACAUAGACGAAAAAAAAAGUUCUUGGGGCCAAGAAUGGUUUCAACAGAUACAAAAAAUUUACUGGCUUGCUUCUGAUGCUGUUCAAGCUUCCCAGGAUCUGGCAACUACAGUUUCCCAUUUCAAAACCAAUAUUUUGGUUGUGAGCCCGUACCUCGUGAACAUUACAUCUUUCAAAGAAUAUUUUAUUGAUUUCCUGAAAGCACCGCCUGCUUGGGUUAGUGGACCAUGGAAACUGGCUAUCAGCAAUGUUGUACAAAAUGCUACAGGGUGUAAAACUUACAACUUUACUGAAGAGUCACUGAGUAGAUGCAGUAUUGGUGAGAAGCUGGUGUUUGAUCAAUACAAUCCUUCAGUUCUGGAUGCUUUCUUUAUCCUCGUUAAUACAAUUAAGGAUAUUCAUCGGAAUGCAUGUAAAAAUUUGUCAGGCCCUUGUGACACUUUCAAGGCAGUCAUGAAAAAUGGUUUGUUGAAUGGCUAUAAUCUGAAAAACCUGGACUACACAGCUAUAAAGCCUGAGUUUCUGCCCCCAGAAUUUUUUUGCGUAAGCUACAGAAGAUCUCUGGAGACUUUGAAGUAG